GAUAGAUGACACCAUAGAAAGCCGUCCCCCGCUAAGCUCGUCCUGCGUCCAUGGCGGUUGCGGCGUUCCCCUCCUGCGGCGCUCGCCGCCUCAACGCCCGCCCAUGGCUCCACGCCGUCCGCGCCUCCGCCUCCUCCCCCUCCCCUUCAGCCUCUCCCCUCCCUCCUCCCCCUGAAAUCGACGCCCUCGCAGCUCCGCCGCGCUCCGACUCCGCUGCUGCCGUGGCUCCCACUCCUCGCUCUUUCUUCCCGAAGCGUGGUCAGACUCUGGAACUCGUCUGCGAGUCCCUCGCCUUCAAGGGGAAGGGCGUCUGCAAGGUCGCGGACACCGCCUUCGUCGUCAUGUGCGACCGCGCCCUCCCCGGCGAGCGCUUUCUCGGCCGCGUCACUCGCAAGAAAGGCAGCUACGCCGAGGCGACGAAAUUGAAGACGAUUACUCCGCACAGGGACGCGGUGGAAGCUCCGUGCCAGUAUGCUUCCUACUGCGGAGGAUGUAAGACCCAGAAUCUCUCAUACGAGGCACAGGUUCGAGCCAAGGAGCAGCAAGUUAGGGAUUUGAUCGUUCACGUCGGGAGAUUCUCGGACAAAGAUCCUGACUUUGUUGCCAUCUUUAAGCCCAUCGUACCGUGUGAUUUGCAAUUCCACUACAGGAACAAGAUGGAAUUCUCGUUUGGUGCUGAAAGAUGGAUGCCAAGAGAUGUAUCAAGCGGGAAGGAGGAACAGAUGGAGAUCGGUUAUGCGUUGGGAUUGCAUGCCCCAGGUUUCUUCGAUAAGGUCCUUCAUGUCGACAAAUGUUUAUUGCAGACUGAAGCAACCAAUAAGGUUCUUGCAGUUAUUCAAGAUAGUUGGAGAGAUCCAAAGCUAGGCCUUUCCCCGUAUAAUGUUCACACCCAUGCUGGAUUUCUUAAACAUCUGAUGCUAAGGGCUGGAAGAGAUGUCAAUACUAGCAAUCCGGAGGUUAUGGUUAACUUUGUCACGUCAAGCUAUGAACCUAAUCUGUUGAAGCCUCUCGUUGACAAAAUUUCAGCUAUCCCUGAAGUGGUCAGUGUCAUGAAUAAUGUAAACACAUCAGUUGGUAAUACAUCUGUAGGGGAAGAAGAAUAUACUCUAUACGGUAAAUCAACUAUCACAGAGAUGUUAAGAGGACUUACAUUUCAGAUAUCAGCGAAUUCUUUCUUCCAGACCAAUUCUCAUCAGGCAGAAGUCUUGUACAAGCUUAUUGAGGACUGUGCUGGACUUAGAGGAGAUAGCUCAGAAAUUGUGCUUGAUCUGUUUUGUGGAACAGGAAGCAUUGGUUUGAGCCUUGCAAGAAGGGUUAAACAUGUUUACGGGUAUGAAGUAGUGGCUGAAGCAAUCUCAGAUGCACGAAGAAAUGCUAAAUUUAAUGGCAUUCAUAAUGCAACAUUUGUUCAAGGAGAUCUUAAUAAAAUCAACGAUAGCUUUGGGAAUGAUUUUCCAAAACCUGACAUUGUCAUUUCAGAUCCUAACCGUCCGGGCAUGCAUAUGAAGUUAAUCAAAUAUCUACUGGAACUUCAGGCACCUCGUAUCGUCUAUGUCUCGUGUAACCCAUCUACAUUGGCACGUGAUCUCGAUUACCUCUGUCAUGGUCUUGCUGAGAAAGGCAUAAGAGGAUGCUACCAUUUGAGAAGUGUUCAGCCGGUUGACAUGUUCCCACAUACUCCUCACAUCGAAUGUGUCUGCUUGCUGGAGCUUUGUUGAAUGUCGUUUUACGGUUGUUAUCAACAAAACCAAGAAGAUGAAAUGCUGGAGAUACUAUUAGAUCAAAGGAAUGCUACUGGAUGUGGUUUUGGAAAGUCUAUCCAUGGAGUAUUAAUUGCUUGGAUGGGGGAAUGAUGGAGGGUGGUCGGGUUUUCUCCUCGAGGAAGAAGCGGAACAGAGAAGGCCAAUCCGCGAUAUAUGAGAAACAAUGUUUUCUUCUAAUGUGUUAUUGUUCUUGCAUUGUCAUUUAACCAUUCAUUUCGUUUCUGCUUUGUCCCUUUCUAGAGAGAGAGAGAGAGAGAGAGAGAGAGAGAGAGAGACCAAAUUACCUAUGCAAAGUGCUUCAUUGCCUUCCUGGCUCA